UGACAGUUUAAGAACUUCCCAUUUUAGUGACUUCUAUACAUAUGAUUGAGAAAGUAAGUAACGGUGUACCUCUAAAAUUUAUGAUUGCGUAGACAGCAAAGAGAUUUUUUAGCGCCCAGGGACAUUGAUAAGCCAACAACUAUCGAAGACCAUGGCGAUGUUAGCUGAAGGAAAAUCCAAAACCAAAUGGGUUCUCAAUCCGAGAGGCUCAAAUGCAAUGGAGGGAAUGUGCUUUGGACGAAAAAUACUCGAGAAAAUGGGAUGGCAGUCCGGUGAUGGUUUGGGUGUGAACAAGCAAGGUGUCACAGAACCCUUACGUGUCUCCUACAAAAAUGAUGUCAAGGGUAUAGGAUACAAGAAAAAUCUGGACAAUGAAUGGCUGAAAGUAGAAGAUGAAUUUUCCAAAAUCCUGCAGAAUCUAUCAAAUGGUGAGGAUACAAAUCAAAAGGAAGAAACCAACAUUGAAUCGUUAGAGAAAAAAUCAGAAAGCUCUAAAGCUCGUUUGCAUUAUCGCAAGUUUACUCGCAAUAAGGACCUAAGUCGGUAUAGUGAAAAAGACCUGUCGUGUAUAUUAGGUCACGUCAAGAGUGUGGAGCCAUCGUUGGAAGAAAGCAAAGAAGACGAUAAAUUCAGGGAUAAAGGAACAAUCGACCAAUAUUUUGAAUCAAUGGCCUUCAAAUUCUCACAGGCCUCAAAUGAGGCUAUCGGAAAUGACCCCUCUACUGAGACGAGUAGCACUGAAAAACCGAAGAAAAAACGAAAAAGGCAGGAAGAGUCCUCUGCCGAAUCAGUUCAGGUUUGUCAAGAUGAAGAAAUGAAAGACCAAGUGACAAGAUCUGAAAGCUAUGGAGCGACUGAACCAACUGAGGAGAGCUCUUCAUCAAAUUUUAAGAGCGGUGAUGAGAAAUUUUUGCAGAAGAAGAAAUCAAAAAACAGCAAAGAACCCUCAAAGGCAGUUGGGUGCUUAGAAGAUAUGCCCAAACUUGAAGAAGAAUCUACAGAAGUGGAGGUUAAAAUUAAAAAGAAGAAGAAUAAAAGAGUCAGAUUCUCCGAAAUGGAUCUAAUUCCAACAUCAAUCAAAACUGAAGAAAUGCCUUCAUCUCAGUCUGAUGAGAUAGACAGAGGUAGUCAUGAAAUAAAAUUGAAGAAAAUAGAACUCAAAUCUGACAGUAUAUUGGAAGUUGCAGUAAAUAACCUCGAACAGAAUUCCCACGAAACAGCCUCAAGUUUUACAGAAAUAUCCGACUCUCAGGAAAAAACAAGAAGUAGAAAGAAGCGAAAAGAGAAGAAAUUAGCUGUGAGUAAUUGUGAUGAUCUUGGGAGUAUACAGAGCCCCGUAAAGAUAGAUAAGAAUGGAAAACGGAUAAAGAAGAAACCAAAAAAAGAAGUGAAUGAAACAGAAACUAUGGUAAACCUACCCUCUGUCUUAGAAAAUUCUGAAUUUAGCAGUGGGUGUACGAAACAUAGAAAGAAGUCAAAGAAAAGGAAAUGUCACCUCUCAGAAACUAGACAGUUGAGAAGUAGCUCAGCAGAAUCCUCAAGUAGCUCCGACGAUGACAUGAAAAUACCAUCAGCAGUGAUGGAAAAUGAUACAUCCUUGAAAAUUUCGAGUCGUCAAAGUAGCCCAAUAGAACGUGAUAUAAGUAAGAAGAAAGUAGAUGUGGCUAACGAAGAAAUUUUAGAUAGUGAUGUGACAAAAUAUGAGAAGGGGAAAAAACGUAAGCAGAGCAGUCUUGAUGAAAACUCUGAAGGAGCUCCGAACAGCAUAGACCCUGAAAAUACUAAGAGUUUAGAUAGUCACAACAAAGAACCUAGGAAGAAAAAGAAAAAAUCCAAGCAUCUUGAUUCUGAAGAAGUGCCAGAGUCUUGCGAAAAAGUUGAAUUUAAUAUGCACGAAUCGCCAGAUUUUCCAACUUAUCCAGACGGAAAUGCCUCCUCAGAAAGGAAACACAAAAAAUCCAAAAGAAACAGAGCUCAGGUUGAAAAUUUGGAGCUAGAUGAAGUAAAUCUAGAAAAUGGUCCAAGAGAAGACAGUGCUAGCAGCAAGAAGAAAGAGAAAUCCUCCAAAACUCUAAAAUCAGUCACUUUUUCUGAAAACACAGAAUGCAUUGUUGAUGAUAAGUUAGGAGCAAAUUCUGAAAGUAACAAAAACUUAAAUAGGAAAAAGGCUAAAAGGUCUAAGAAAGAUAAACUGCAGGUGGAACCUCUAGAUUUUGAAAGUACAGAUGUGGAGGUCUCAAUAUCAGAGAAAGGGUCUAAAACCAUAGAAUCACAAAAUACCAACAGCACAUCGGAAGUCUCUGAUUUAAAGUGUGAGAUAGACCCCAACAUUGGUGCCUCGAAAAAGAAGAAAAAGAACUUGAAAAAUGUAGAUUCUAAUGAUGAAAGUACAAAGGCGCUGGAGAAGGAUAAGAACGCUAGUCAACUUGAUCCUGAAUUUUGUGAUCCGGCUGAUUCAAGUGCCCUCAAAACUACAGACAAGAAAGCCAAGUUGUUGGCUAUGUUAGCGAAAACAACUAAAGAUGAGUCUGAUGAUUCCGAUAGUGAUUCAAAUUCCAAGACUCCAAUUUGUAGUGUGUCCACUGAACCUACAAAUAAGAAAGCUAAGUUGUUGGCUAUGUUAGCAAAAACAACGAAAGAUGAGUCUGAUGAUUCCGAUAGUGACUCAAACCUGGUAGCUCCUGUAAGUAGUGUUUUCAAGGGUUCUAACUUUGAACGAAUCCCUGGUUACCGUAAUGUCAGUGCGAGGUAGUUGUUGCCUAAUCACACAGUUCCUUCUUGUUGUGCUUAAAAUUCAGUUGGCCCAUUGUGGCAACAACUCCUUGCGUUGGUUCUGUCAGAAAGUUUAGGAAUGAGUAUUUUGAAGUAUGAAACUAUGUUGUAAAAAUCAAAAAGAAAAAAAUCUUUGAAAUGUCCAAGCAUAAUGGCGGAAAACAUUGUGGAUUAUGUUGCUAUGAUGUUACCGUAUUGUGAAUGUGAGUGGAAUUAGGGGGUGCCUAAGAGAAAAUUUUGUUUAUGAAAGAAUCAAAGCUUAUUUUUGGGUAAAGGGGGAACUUUCAAAUGAUCUUACUUGACUUGAACUGAAAACCUAAAUAUGAUUCAAACAUAUUAAUAUGUAGCACAUCUUCCUGUCUAAAUUAAGACUUUAAUAGAGUAAGAAAAUUGACAGCAUGACUAGGUGUUAUGUUUCAAGAAAUGAAAUUGAAUGUUUCAUGUAUUAUUUUUCUCAAUGAACAUUCAUUAACGUUAGGUCGUUUCUACAUACUCAGUCCCAGCUUGCCUGGAUAAUUUAUUUUCAUUUUAAAUGUGAGCCAUCAUUUCAUAAACUUGAAGUUGGUUUAUUAUUCAUACAACCAGACAUUUCAAGAUGUUGCCAGGCAACAUCAGUAAUCUCUUUUAUGCAGAGUCUUUCGGUAGAGUUUGAUGAACCUUAAGUAUGUGACUGUUUGAUCAGCCAGAGUACUGCCAGAACCCUUUGGAAAUUCAACGUCCCGUUUUCAAGCUACUUGUCCCUGAAUAUGAGUGGUAAACAGGCCAUGCACUGUCUAAGGACACGGCAAUCAAGUCAAUAUCAAUGAAGUUUGUUUUCUCACCAAUCCUUUUACUCAAUUCUAGGAAGCACAUAAAUUUCGUGCAGAAACAUUCUACUGAAGAUUUUUAGUUUUUGGAAGAUCUUCCUCUACUGUGAUUAGCAGUCGUCUAGAUUUAAAGAAUAAUCAUUGAGUUUUGAAAUUAUUGACUAAAUUCAAACUAUGUACUAUCGAAUUUUUGCUUUUAUGUAAAUAUAAUCGUAAUUCGCA